GCCAGAUGCAGAAGCAGCAGCUUCCCCCGGCACGCGUGGCACGGCUGCAGGCACCCUGCGCCAUGGCAGAGCCUUCGCUGCCCCUCUCCUUCCUCUGCCUCCUCGCCCUGUCCUCCGCCUGCUACAUCCAGAACUGUCCCCGCGGCGGGAAGCGGGCGCUGGCCGACACAGCCCUCCGACAGUGCAUGCCCUGUGGCCCCGGGAACAGAGGCAACUGCUUUGGCCCCGGCAUCUGCUGUGGUCCCGAGCUGGGCUGUUACCUGGGCACGGCCGAGACGCGCCGCUGCACCGAGGAAGACUACCUGCCUUCGCCCUGCCAGGCCGGCGGGCAGCCCUGCGGCUCCGGGGGCCGCUGCGCCGCUCCCGGCAUCUGCUGCAGCGCCGAAACGUGCGCGAUGGACGCCGGCUGCCUGGACGAGGGCAGCGACGGAGCUCAGGACACAGCGGAGAAGAACCUGACGGUGCUGGACGGUUCUGCUGGAGAUCUGCUCCUCAGGCUGAUGCAUUUGGCCAACCGGCAGCAGCAGGGCAAGCACCCCCUCCUCUGAGCGUCCCCCCUCCGGCACCGAGCCCCCCGAAUCGCACUUGUAAAUUUGAGACCCAAUAAAAGUCCUCGUGCACUGUG